AUGGCGCUCCCACGAUCGCUGCAGUACGUCUGCAGCCUGGUCCUCUUCAUCGCCUGCGCCAAUGCAUUGAAGUUCGACCUGCAAGCAACAUCACAGUCACACGACAGCAAGAAAGAACGAUGCAUACGGAAUUUCGUCGCCAGGGACACAUUGGUGGUGGUGACGGCGAUCGUCAGUGGGACCAAAGGAGAUGGCAUGCGGGUGAACAUGCACAUCCGUGAUGCCGUAGGGAACGAGUACGGCCGGCCACAAGACGUCGCCGGCGAGCAAAGGACAGUCUUCACGUCCCACGCCGACGCCGCGUUCGAUGUCUGCUUCGAGAACCUGUUGACAGGAUCCAGGAACGUCGGCGACACGACCCGCCACGUCGAGCUCGACAUCGACAUCGGCGCCGACGCGAAGGACUGGUCCGCAAUCCAGGCCACUGAGAAGCUCAAGCCGGUCGAGGCUGACCUUCGCCGUAUGGAGGAGAUGGUCUCCGAGGUCGUGGGCGAGAUGGACUACCUGCGGACGCGCGAGCAGAAGCUGCGCGACACGAACGAGAGCACCAACAACCGCGUCAAGUGGUUCGGCUUCUGCACCACCUUCAUCCUGAUCGUGCUCUGGGUCUGGCAGAUCCUGUACCUGCGGGCGUACUUCAGGUCCAAGCACCUUAUCUAA